UGGUCUGGGUCUGACGUCACUUCCAGUCACUUCCGGGGUCUUUCCGCCGCCAAAACAUAAAAAAGAAGCAUAAUAAUAAAGAUGGUGUCCGAGGAGGAGGCGGCGGGAAUCAGCAGCUUCGUGUUCAGUGAACUCCGCGAUGAGCCGGACCUCAGCACACUGACCUUAGGCAUCUUAAAAAAACGAUAUCUGGCACAUGUGCGAUGUGAAUCAUUAACUCCAGAGGCCAAAAGUAUCAUGAAACGGGUGGUUGAAGAGGAACUGAUGAAAAUGCAGGACAAUGAUGGAACUGGAAGUGAGUCGGAGACCACGAAGCCCCGUAACAAAAGGAAGAGAGAAAAGGAAAAUGACGAGGUGAUAAGUGGGAGAGACGAUGAUGAUGAAUCCACAGCAAAGAAAUCCCGUCAUCGGUCAAGCUCAUCAUCAGAAUCGGAGGACAAAGACGACCGCAAAACAGGAAGUGAGCAGAGCGAGGAGGAAGAGGAAAUCAAAUCUGAAUCUGAGGAUGCAGAGGAAGAGGUGAACAAGUCACAGCGAAAGACAAACGGUAAACAACCGAUAAGCGGUGACGGCUCAACAGAUGAGGAGAUGAAUAAGUCGGUGAAAAAAGGGGACGAGAGUGACUGCGAUGAGAGUCCAAGAAAAACAGUGAUAAAAAAGAAGAGUACAAGUCGAGGAAAGAAAACGCCACCGAGCGAUGAAGAGGAUGAAACUGACUCGGAUAGCAAGUCAGAAAAGAGCGACAAAAUCAACGGCAAUGACUCGUCAGAUGACAGUGAAAAAGAAGAAAAAGUCUUGGUGGAAAAGGAAAACGAGGAUCCAGACUCUGAUUCAUCGUCCCUCCCCUCGCUGGAGGAUGAACAGAAGAGUGUAAAAGAAACAACACAAGAUGAUAAAGAGAAGAAAACGAGGAAAAAAGAGGAGAAAAAAGAGAAGAAGAGCGCCAAAGGUCCGAAGGAUUACGACAAAUCCGUCGUGAGGCUCAAGCGGUACCUUUUUCUCUGUGGCGUGCGGCCGAACUACAAGAAGCUCCUGGACGGCUGCCGCUCCGUUCGCUCCAUGGUGGCUGUUCUGAAGAAGCAGCUGGAAGAUCUCGGUGUUCACGGUCAGCCAUCUAUUAAGAAAUGUAGAAAAGCCAGAGAGAACAGAGAGGAGACUCAGGAACUAGCUGGUCUUGAUAUCAGCAACAUCAUCGCCACAACAGGUCGACCGAAACGCACCUCAGCGUGGCAGAAACGACCCGACCCUCCGUCCUCUACGUAUCUGCGCUCUCUGAACUCUGGCUCAGACAGUGACAUGGAAAACGACGCCCACAGGGGGCGCCGGAGAGCCAACCACUGGGCCAACCUGCAGGGCGUCAUCAGUGACGACGCAGACAGCGACUGAAUGUGAUGCCUCCUCUUGGAUAUGGACAUUCCUUUUCCUUUGUACAUGUUGGGUUUACACUUAUUGUAAUAUACUAUUACUAAGCAUUUCAUAAACCUUUUGCAAAAAAAAAAAGUAAAUUAUAUUGUAAUGUAAAAU